AUGCGAGACCUUUUCUUAUCUCUUUUAGUUUUAACAGCAGCUUUUCAUUUUGGGCAAGGCAAGAAAACGAAACUGAAAGGCACGAAGUGGUGGACAUUGGCUAACAUUGGACAGCCGUCCAAUGACCUCCACUCAAAUACCCAGUUAUAUAACAGCCCCAGUCUGCUGCCUCUCACCAAACGACAGCGUAGACUUGUCGCCAAGAACCCGGGCACCAUAUUGGCUUUAAUGACAGGUGCCCGGAUGGCAAUAGAAGAAUGCAAAUAUCAGUUUCGAAAUAGACGUUGGAAUUGCCCAACUAUGGACGUCGGAAACGGAGGGCCGAUAUUCGGUAAAAUACUUCAGAGAGGUUGUAGGGAAACGUCUUUCAUAUAUGCCAUAACAAGUGCCGCAGUGACUCACUCUAUUGCGCGUGCAUGUUCGGAGGGUCGUGUGCGCACGUGUACGUGUGAUUACCAGCUAAAAGAGCCACGUGGUACAAAAAACUGGGAGUGGGGAGGAUGCAGUGACAACGCUAACUUUGGACACAAGUUCUCAAGGAAGUUUGUAGACGUUUUAGAAAAAGGUCGCGACUUCCGGUAUAUGAUGAAUCUCCAUAACAACGAGGCUGGGAGAGUGCACGUGUCUAAGAACAUGGAGCAGGAGUGUAAGUGUCAUGGUAUGUCGGGCAGCUGUACGAUACAAACAUGCUGGAUGAGGCUGCCUACCUUCCGGAAAGUCGGCUACCUUCUCAAGGACAGAUUUGACGGCGCCUCAAAGGUUGUCUCCGGUAAUGCUGGGAGUGCUGAUAAUACAGCAAAUAAUGGCGGCGGCCGAAAAAAGAGGCGACGAAGAUUUAAGUUCGUUCCGACGAAUCCUAACCAUAAAAAACCUGGAAGAAGGGACCUGGUUUAUUUUGAACACUCGCCGACAUUUUGUGACCGUGAUGACAGUAUAGGUUUCCCAGGGACGAAACACCGGAAGUGUAACGCGACCUCUAUCGGUAUCGAUGGAUGUGACUUGAUGUGCUGUGGCAGGGGGUACGAUUCCGAGAGUUACAUUGUACGUGAAAGAUGUAGCUGUAUUUUUCAUUGGUGUUGUCACGUGAAAUGUGAAACCUGUACACGGACGAAAAUCAGACACACGUGUUUGUAG